AAACAAACCAGUUCCAGCGCUUGCGUACUUGGUCACCCACUAGUGCCAUCCUCCGUCCACGCUGAACGAGGGACGCAGGGCUGAUGCACCUUCACCGGAUUUAUGGACUGGAUGUCUCGUAGCUGUAAACAACUUUGAAGUACUAUUUGAAAGGCUUUGCGGGUCUCCCUGGCUGAAGAUGUUGAACCCGGCAAAUGGAGACCCCGUCCACGUCGUCACAAACUAUGUGGAAGAAUAUCUGGACUUGGUCGAGUCAUUACCUUUCGACCUGCAGAGGAGUGUGUCUCUAAUGAAGGAAAUCGAUGCCAAAUAUCAAGAUGUACUGCAAGAGCUGGAUGAUGCCUAUGAACGUUACCGUCGGGAGACAGACCCUCAGCAGCGCCGCCGACUUCAGCUGGCUAUUCAGAGAGCUCUGAUCCGCAGUCAGGAGCUGGGAGAUGAGAAGAUCCAGAUUGCUGGUCAGAUGGUGGAGCUGGUAGAAAAUAGGUCCCGCCAGGUGGACUGGCACUCGGAACUCCUGCACACCACCCAGGAGACCCCUGAAAGUAACAUCCCCACGGCAACAUCUGUAACAACUCCCACGGCAUCCUUGAUGUCACCGUCCUGUGCCACCAUUACCCCAGGCAAGGCAGGACACCACGACAAGCGCCGUGAAGAAGUCACGCCGAGUUCAGGCAGCGUGGACAAGUCCAGCGGUAAACGGUCCAGGCGGCAGAAGAACGGCGAGAACAGGGAGAGCUACGGAGGUCUGGAUCCCAGCGAAGAGGCAGGUAUGGGGGCAUCCAGGGAGAAGAGGGCCAAGACCUCGGCCAAGAAGAAAAAGAGGUCAAAGGGCAAGUCAGAGAGGGAGGUGUCGCCGCCAGACCUGCCUAUCGACCCAGAUGAGCCCACAUACUGCUUGUGUGAACAAGUGUCGUACGGCGAAAUGAUUGGCUGUGAUAAUGAUGAGUGUCCAAUAGAGUGGUUCCACUUCUCCUGCGUGGGACUGCAUCACAAGCCCAAAGGGAAGUGGUUCUGUCCCAAGUGUCGGGGGGAGAAUGAGAAGACCAUGGACAAGGCCCUGGAGAGGGCUAAAAAGGAGAAAGCCUACAACAGGUAGCUACUUUGUCUGGGCCUUUGGACAAUCUGUUGUCUUGUCAGUUCUGUGUUUAUUGUAUUUUUCUACUCCAAUUUACUAUCAAUGCUGUUGGAUGACAAAAGUUACGAAUUGGAAAAGAGAGGGACGUCUUGACAAAUGUUAUUUUUGUACAUCUGAAGUUGCUAUUCAGUGACUGAGAUUGUUUUCCCUCUGGUCAUCAUCAUACGUUUAGUUAACAAAAUGCAAUGCAACCCCACGUGAAUGAAAGAAAACUGCCCUGCACUUACACACCUAUGAUUCAUAUUGACUGCUACAUCAUGCAUGCAUCCUUGCCACUAGCCAUAUUCUGUUACCAUGCUUCAUUCAACAAAUAAAACAUUGAAAUCAAGAGUGUGAAGUUAUUUAAAGAUACAGGUAGACAGAAUUGCUCUUUGGAGACAUUAUGUUAAACAUAUUUGUAUUAAUUCAGACUUGACCUGUGUUUAGUGACUGUCCCCAUGCUUAAAGUGCCAUUAAUUUUGUAAACCUGCCUAACAGCAUUAGUCUACUAGAAAAUGUAAUGAUUAACACGUUUUUUUAAGUGUGUUGAACAAAAUGCCUAUGACCUGGGGCAGUGACGACUGAAAUAUUGUGAUAGUAGAUUAUGAAUUGAGGCUGCAGGGACUUCAACAUGCAGUGUUUGUGUUCAAGUCUUAACAGUAGGUGCUUAACCCAAACAAUUGCUUCAUUCUGCUUCCAUGGCUGUUCAGAUGGUAAAAUGUUUCACCUGGCAUUGUGACAAUUGUAUGUAUGUUGUGCAGUCUGACUUACGCUUCCUUCUGAUAACAUUCAUGAGCCCUGCCAGCCAUGUGUCUAUUAUGAAAUCCCAAGUGCCAAAGGGUUCCUCUCCAUACUUCAUCUCCACCUGCCUGCACCCAGACUGUCACACUCAAAAAUAGCAUAGCAGCAACCCAUCACGUGUUCUAUCAGGUGUCACCCAGGAUCAUGGCUGGACUAUCCAUGUCUCCAAUGAAUGUUGUCAUGUGUUUCUGUGUAUAAGUAAUGUGUUUAUGUAUGAUCUUUGCCAAUAAAGUAUUGAUAAAUUCUUGUUA